UGUGUAUAAUGUUGACAUACAUAAUCGCCGACAUGCAUCCUGUCGUCAGUGGCGGGAUUGACUGAGGCAGGCCAUCGUCACGUCAGAAGGUUAGAGGUGAGUGACCGCUCAUUCGGCGGGGAGAGAGACGUAAUUGACCGACUCGACCUGGCCAGGAGACGUAAUCGACUGGCCAGAUGAGAAUGAGCGAAUGAAUGUCCGUCCCACCCGCCAUGCCAUGCCGGCCCUUCAGUGUCCCGAUAAGCCAGUCCAUUAUCACAAAUCAACUGCCGGCUCAUCUUGUUCUCGACAAACAAAUCCACUGCAGAGUUUGCCUUUCCCUGACAAAUCUUGCAGUGGAUGUGUUCGUCAAGGCCAAGAUGAGCCGGCAGUUGAGAUGAUCAGUCAAACAUACACACGUACUCAUCUACAUAGCGGCAGGGAUCGAAUGGGCGGCAGCAUACACCGGCUGCCGUCGGUACUCGUGGCACUCAUACACAGACACACACACACACACAGGAAGACAGGGCCAACCACAACCAACCACGGCACAUGCCAUUCCCCCAAACCCUCCCUCCCUCCCUCCCUCCCUCAAACACACACACACACGAAGACACACACCUGCUUACACGGAUCCGCCCGCCACCGUGUGAAUAAGUGUAGAUGCCGUCCAUCCAUUCAUUCAAAGGCUGGAAAACGCGGAAACGCAGCAUGACCCUAGCGCCUAGCUAUCCUCCGUCUGUCUGUGUCUGGGGGUGGAUGGGUGUGGUGUGUGGGUGUGGGUGUGCCGCGGUCAUGUCUGUCAUGCAGUGGCAUUCAUUCGUCAUGUAUCCAUCGCAUCAGGUACGUAUCAGGUACGUACGUGUACACGCAUGUGUCUGUCUGUCUGUCUGUCUGCAAAACUCACUCUCUGUCUGUCUCACUCACUCGUUGUCUGGAAAACCAUAGCACACCCACACACGGCACUCAGACACGCGCUCGCUCGCUCACUGCAAAAAGAACGCCGCCGAACCCGACCCGACGACCCGAUCCGUCGGAUUCAUUCAUUCAUUCAGCAAAAAUGUCACGAAGAUUGCCUGGAGGGAGGGAAGGCACCCCCUCCCUCCCUCCCUCCAUCCCUCCCUGCACUGCACGCACCCUUACAGGCAUGCAUUUGGGCCCUUUGCCUCUGUCUGCGUCUGUCUGUCUGUCUGUCUGUGAGUGAGUGAGUGAUUGCUGUGUUUGUGCAAUGGUGUUCGGCUCCCAUGACAGGUCAGCUUCGGGACCAUCACAGGACGACACCACACACUGCAGGCAGGCAGGCAGGCAGGCAGACAGGCAGACAGGCAGAAAGGCAGACACACAAUACAUACCAUCCCUCCCUCCCUCCCUACACUCGCCCAGCCCACCCACGUGCACACACAGUCGACUUAUCAAUCAUACAGUGCUUGCAAGGAAGGAAUGGAAGCCCGCUCCCUACCAUGCAUGCCACCAUCCUCGCUUAAAGCAUCGGUGGGAUGAAUGCAGUGAUUGAUGCGAUGAAUAGAUUAGAUGUGUGGAUGCGUGUCGGUCGACGAAAAGAGAAACGGCUCUGGUCCUGGUCUUGGGAGCUCACGCAGUGAUGUGACAUGGCAGCCACUGGACACACACUCGCUCGGUCGCUCUCACGCGGCGCAUCCACCUUUUCCCCUCUUGCCCCCCGCCCGAUACGCACUGACAUCCCACCCCUCAAACCAUCAUUGCAUUCGACGGGUCGCUCCUUGCUCCCUCCCUGUCUGUCUGUCUGACCGUAGAGAAACCACCACCCCACCCCACUCACCCCCGCCAUCACCAUCACAAAGACAAGACCAUCACACGAGAGUGUGUGUGUGCGUCAGAGUCCCUCCCCCCUCAGCUCAGCUCAGCUACUUAUAGAUAGAUAGCUAUCGUCCCCUGUUGGCCCCUCCCCUGUGCACCUGCCGCUGCACGCGCUUCCUCACAGCAUGGUCCAAAGAGGGCGUCGGCCGAUGCGUGCUCAGACCCAAUCCCAGCCCCGACACUGACGAACACGACUCGCCCCCCUCCUGGUACUCGCCGUCCGCCCUCAGAACCAAUAUCGACUCGUAUCCUCCCGAGAAAGACAACCCCCCAGAUCCGCUCGGCUCAAAAGUGGUGUUGGUGGUGGUGGGCGGCACACUAGUCGACGGCAUGACCACCGACGAGAAACCGCUGUCGGCCGAUUCGAAUGACGGGAAGAAGGUGGAUCCGGUGCUGCUGCUGCUGCUGUUGGGGGCGGGAGAAGCCGACGGAGGCGGGGAGGGCCACUUGGGCUGCUGUUGCUGCUCCUGGGGGUACGGACGCACCACGUGUGAGUUGCUGCGCGAGAGGGGUAUGGCGGGGGGCGGUGGGACAUCGGAUGACGGCGGCGUCGAGGGCGUCGUGUGCGGGUGCGCCGGCAUCCGCCCUCCCUUCUUGCCCCGCUUCGCCGACGAUGGCGCGCCGACCUGCUCAGCCUGUCGGAUAGCAGAAGAAUGGUGGCCCCGGGCAGCUGUGGGUGGGGGGAUGACCCGAAUCGAUCCGCCGGUGCCAUUGGGAUUGGGAAUGCUGCUCACAGGCCGUCUCGACGCAUGGCUGACAUGUGACGACGACGCGGUGCCCGUGUGGGGCGGGGGCGGGGGCGGAGGGGGCGGAGGCGGGCGGAAAGCGGCGCUCGAUCGGUCAUCUGUCUCGCUGAUGUCCAGUUCGCUGAAGCCGGGUGGGGGCGAGACAUGCCGCCGUUCUGCGCCCGUGUGGCUGACGGACCGCAUGAAGCCCGAUGACGCACCGACGUGUGGGUGCACGAUGCCAUUGUGAUUGUUGUCUGGGGGCGGGGGCGGGGGCAGCGGCCGAUCUGACGUCGUCCUCAUGUGGGCAUAGAUCGAUGGGCGGGCGUCAGGUGACGGUCUCCUGAAGAGUCCCACACCACCGUGCCCACUGCUCCGCUCGAUGUGCGGCUGGAAGGGAUGGGACGGCACCGAGAAAUCCCCACGAUGGCCAUCGACACUACUAGCUGAUGGCGCCGCUGCUGCUGCUGCUGCUGGUGAUGGUGCCGCUGCGUCAUGCUCCUCCGAUCUGAGCGAGUAGUUGGGCAGUGGCGGGGUAAUUGGGCCUUUCUCCGUCUGCACCGAGAAAGGUGAAGAUGACGAGAGAAACGGCGAGAGGGAGGAGCAUGGCACGAAAACGGUGGACUGUGCUGUCGACUGAGACUGAGACUGGGGCUGCUGCUGCGGCUGGGGGGACGAGUAUGAAGCCGUGUCCGCACAGGCAUCCUGCUCACGCUGCUCUCGCCGAUGCCGCCAUAGAUGGGAGAACCGGCUCUCGCCCGGAGUGUCGUCCUCAUCUGCCUCAUCUGGUUCGGAGGCCUUAAUGUGAGCAGGGGGCGGCAUGGCGAUGGGCUGUGGUGCUGGUGGUGGUGUUGGUGUUGGUUGUGCUGCAGCGAUGUGGUUGGUGAGGUCGAGCCAGGUGAGGAUGGAUGUGAUGACACGCGGAGGGGGCGAGGAGGGGGUGCGCAGAAGGCUGCUGUCGACGUCAGUCUGACCACAAACAAACACCCAAGAGACCAGACCGUCUGUCUCUCCCCUCCCUCUGUGUGUGUGUAUGCUCACAUCACACACAUACCAGCAGAGCAGCAUCAGCGGCCUCCCCACUUCUGGCCCUCAUCAUGUGUUCGCACAGCUGCUUGUCGCUGCAGUAGCAGUCAGGGCAGCACAUCGAGAAGCCCUGACCCGCCAGCCCGCCUCCCAUCCCGUCGCCGCCAUAGCCGUCCUCACUGCCCUCCUCAUCGCCAUCUCCCUCACCCAGGCCCAGCCCAUCAUCGCCACAAUAGCCGUUGAGGUAGGCCAUGUCGCCAUCUAUCAGGUCCACCCCGCUGCCCAGCAUCGACAGCCGCACCGAGUGUGGCAGCGACAGAUGCGGCACGGCCGGAGAUGACGCUGGCUCCUCAACCACUGUUCCCACACCACCACCCACACCCUCCGCCCCCUCCUCUGCAAGCUUCUCCCUGCUUUUGCUCCGCCUCCGCGCCCGCCAGACCUUUCUGGGCUCCUCGCUGGUCAUGUGGUCUGCCGCGAGAGGCGGCGUCUGGCGUGGUGUGAAGGCUCGGGGUGUGGACGGGGUUACAUUGGCGUUGCCGGAUGUGGGGAAGGAUGGCAUGGUGGACUCAGAGGGGUCGGGUGACGCGUGGGGUGCCUGAGGGUGCUGCUGCUGCUGCUGGUGCUGGUGCUGCUGCAUGAGUGGGGGCUGGCUGGUGGAGUGUGUGUGUGGUGCCGCAUCGGGGAAGUAGGUACGGAGGAAGCGAUUGAGGAUGCCGUCUACGCGAUAGGUGUCGGGGUCAAGGCUGAAAAAGACACACACACACACAGCCAGACGGGGCGGGGCGGGAAGUAAGGACAGUGAGUGCAUUGAACAGACAGACAAUGGUGUGUUGGGAUGGCAUGUAUGGAAUCCCUCCCUCCCUCCUUACUUGGUGACCCUUUUGCAGACGGGGCAUGAUUCGAACAGCAGGUUGUUGGCCUUGGCGUUGGCAUAUGACGUCGCCAGACAGUUCCAACCUGAUAGACAGACACAUCAAUCAAUGGACCACAGAAACCUCUGUGAGUGUGAGUGUGUGUAUUGGGUGCCCAUUACAGAAUCUGUGUGCGCAUGCGGAAAGCGAUACGGGGUCGGUGAGGGCGCAAGUGCAGAUGGGGCACAGCAGCCUCUCGCGCGCCGGGGGCUUCUCCAGCACCAUACCCAUGAACUCGUCACUCAAACGGUCCAAACUGCUCACCUAGGGCGACACACACGACACAGCGCACAGAUCAAAACACAAGGAGAGGGCAAGUCAGUCAGUCAAAGUGUGAGUGGUGGAGAACCUACCAGGUUGGGCAGUUCCGGCGAUCUGUAGAAGUCUUGCCUCGACAGCGUCUUGGAGGCGCUCUCGUCAUCUAGCUGACCAAACCGGGUGUGCUUCCGCCUACACACACAGAUGUGAUGUAAGCUGGUGGCUGGCUGGCCCCUCCAUGCCAUGGGCUCAUUCGUUCCCGUGAGUGACGCACGCGACGCACGCACCUCUUUUUGGUGAUUUUGACGACGGCAACGCUGUUCCACACCACAUACUGCCUGAGCUUCGCCAGCAGCUGGCCGGCCUUGGCGAAGUUCUCCAUCAGCUGCCGAAACUCCUGGUAGUGCUCCAUCUGCAACAGGUGGUCCAGCAGCCCCUCAAAGGUGCUCGGCAUCACCCCCACCAAACCGCUCCCAUUGCCAUUCUCGCGAUGAUGAGAAUAGGGUGCCAAUGAGGCCGAGUGGCGGAUGGAUGCCAGGUGGCGGAUGACGCGUGGGUGUGUCUUGAGGUAUCUGAACUGGUCGUGGAUGGCGUCGACGAGCGCCUUGACCUCGGCCAAGUGGCGGUGGAACGAGCAGUCGACUCGGCCCAGGUCGCAGAGCAGAAUCUCGUUGAAGUGGUGGUUCUCCUGGAUGGCCACAUCCAUGCUACUGGACACACACACACACACCACGCCACACAUCAUGCUUUCUUGAAGUGUUGCAUAGUGUGGCCAUCGUGGAUGGCUCUGCUGACCCGUUGUGGAUGGCUUCCUCCAUGGCCCUGAUUUUGCGUUUGAGCAGCUUGAAGUUGAGGUAGUGCUUCCCGCGGUUGGACUUGGCCUGCAGCCGAAUCGACUUGCCGAACUUCAUCUCGAGGGACGAAACCACCCACCCACUCACUCACAGCGGAAUAGACCGACGGUGAACCGAAGAGGGAGGAAGACGAUUACAC